CCUUCCGGGUCGGCUCCGGAGGCGUUCUCGGCCUUCACAGCGGUCCUGCUUUGCGACGCGGCGUCUGUCUCCCCCUGCCCCGCGCUCCGCUUUGCGUUCCUUUGCGGGAAAAGGGGGGUGUAAAAAAGCAGCCGGUGCGCGUGCGCAUUCCUCUCCUGUUCCGGUCUACAUAGCCUUGUGGGGUCCCCUCCUGGCAGGGAGCCAAUUCCAGAUGCCCUGCAAUGGAUGAUGACAGUCAGGAUGAGCUCAUUAACAAGAAUGCUGCAGUAGGCAAAGUCAAAAGAACGACUGCACUGCUCUUCAGCGACGCAGAAAGCAGCGAUGGAAAUAGUGGGGACUCUGAUGACACGGGCAGUGAGGAGGAAGGUGAUACUGAUGAAGAUGGAGGUGAAGAGGAUGAAGAAGGUGAAGAUGAAGAUCUAGAAGACUCAGAGGAGGAGGAGGAGGAAGAAGAGGAGGAGGAGGAGGAAAUGGAAAUGGCUGCUACGCAAUCAACACAUUUGGUUAAAGCAAAGCCGCAACUUAAUGGAGGCUUUCUUUCUUCCUCUGAUGAAGAUGCUGAAAACUGCCCAAUAUGCCUCAACACAUUCAGGGACCAGGCUGUUGGAACGCCUGAAAACUGUGCCCAUUACUUCUGCUUGGAUUGUAUAGUCGAGUGGUCUAAAAAUGCCAACUCUUGUCCAGUAGAUCGCAAACUUUUUAAGUCUAUCUGCGUUCGAGUGCGCCUGGGUGGAGAAAUCUUGAAGAAAAUUCCUGUUGAGAAUGCAAAAUCUGAGGAGGAUAAUCUGGAGGAGGACCCUACCUUUUGUGAAGUGUGUGGCCGAAGCGACCGAGAAGAUCGCCUGUUGCUGUGCGAUGGCUGUGAUCAUGGAUACCACAUGGAAUGCCUUAAUCCUCCGUUGAGUGAGAUACCUGUCGAUGAAUGGUUCUGCCCACCAUGUGCACCAGCAAAUGUUGUAUCUGUUGAUGCUGAUCAUGUGAGUGAAGAGGAAGUUGCUUCCCUCAUAGCUGAUGUCGUCCCUACCACCAGUCGACUACGUCCCAGUGUCCGAACUCGAGCUAUAGCCAGAACACGUCAGAGUGAGCGUGUGCGGGCAACAGUGAACAGGAAUCGCAUAACAACUGCACAGCGAAUUCAGCAUGUACCAAGAUACCUUAUGUCUUCCCUUCUUGAUGAAACCAUUGAUGCAGUCGCAGCAGGGCUGAGCACAGCCGUGUAUCAGAGACCAUUGGCUCCUCGAACUACAACCAAGAAAAAACGAAGAGGAGGGCGGAGAAAGAAAUCAGCAGGUAAAAAACCUCAUACCAAGUCAUCUGCUGGAAAAAAGAGCGCUGGAACUUGGAUUAAGAGACGCAAACGCCGAGCAAGGCGGAGGAAGGGAAAAAAAAUAAAAGUGAAAACUGAGCUGACUUCUCGUUCCCGAAUUGCAAAAACCCUUCGUCUUGGCAAGCCUGUACAUGGCAUUUCAAUCCCUUCCAUGUACAAACCAAUGGAACCCUCUCUUGGCCUUAUGAGAGCAGAUAUUGGAGCAGCCUCUCUCUCUGUGUUUGGAGAUCCUUUUGAACUGGAUCCUUAUAACAGUAAUGAAGAGCUUCCUGUAAAUUCAGCCUCACCUGUGAGCAACAAAAGAAGAGGCCUUUCUCAAUCAGCACUAAGAUCACAUCGUCCUGUCGCUCGACCAGUCGCUAUGGGGCUUCCUGGGAGGAGUGUUCCUGCCUUGACACCUGAGCCAGAAGCUGGUCCAGCCCCUGUGCCCGACCUGUUGGGGAGCAUCCUGACUGGACAGAGCCUCCUUAUGAUGAGUGGUUCUGACGUCGUCAUUAAUAGAGAUGGAUCGUUGACAGCAAAGAAAGCAGUCUCAUUGCUGCAUGACAAUUCAGCAAGCAAUUCAAGAGUGGAGGAAGGCUUGGAGGACAGUGCCCAGCAGGGGGCUUCCCAACUGGGGACUCCAGUUAGUGGCGGCUCUGCUGCUGAAUCUUUGGUUUCUUCACAACUGAAUUCGAACUCCAAAUCUGCUGUCUCAAAUACUUGCGCCUUGUCCUCUUCUUCACUAAGCCUAGCAAACAAAGCAGUGAAUCCAUUGCAGAUUACAUCUGGAAGGGCUCCCAUUAGAUUUGAAUACUCAAUGACUCCAAGGUCUGUUCAGGCUCAGAGUUUAGCAAAUCUGAAUAGAUGUGGCCCCAAACUGGGUGAAGUAUUCAGAUUUAAUGGAGGCUCUAAACUGCCUGGGGCUCCUCUUUCUGUAUCUUCUAAAUUAUUGUCCAAUAACUCGAGUUCACUCUCAAAACCCGUACCUGUGCGGCAGCCUCUGAAAUUGUCCCCUAAAAGGCUUGAUAUCUCUGAACUCCCCAGGAUACCAAAGAUUAAAAAGGAAUCGACUAGUGGACAUUUGGGAUUGCAGCCGGCCAGGGACCGAAACAGUGAUAUUCCCAGCUCCUGUGUAACACAGUUGACUGGCAAAGGGAGUACAAACCAACCAGCUGGUGAUAGUAAAAUGGAGAGCAGCAAGUCGCGUGCUCCUCAGAGACAAGCGCACACAAGUGGAGGCUCUGCUGCUGCCCAUGCCAGUUGCACCUUUCCUCCUUCAAGGGGGAACGUUGGAAGCUCAUCAUUUGAGAGCUUUAAAAUCAACAUCCCUGGAAAUGUGGGACAUUCCAGCAGACUGUCUAAUCCUGGGUUUUGCAAUACUUUCCGGCCUGUGGACAAUAAAGUACAGCAAAAGGAGAAUCCGUCGCCCCUCUUUUCGCUGAAAAAGACUAAACCAGUCAAAAGUGAAAUAUAUGAUCCUUUUGAUCCAACAGGCUCUGAUUCAAGCUCAACAAAUAGCAGUCCGGAAAGAUUGCCCCUUGCUAAUAUCACCAGAACAAUAUCCAUAGCAAAUCCAAAAGUCCAGACAUUCCAAACAGUGCGCCGCAUUACCCCUUACACACUGGAAAAUGUAUUUGGAUCAGGGGCCGAAUCAUCUGAUGUGCCAUCAAGUAACACAGAGUCUCAUGACGAUAUGAUAAAGGAGAGGCUUGUGGAGCAGGUAUCUGACACAGAACAAGAGAAAGCUGAGGAGGAGGAAUUGUCAAGUCUACCCUGUACAUCCUCUGCCAUCAAGCAAGUCACAGAUGUAGAGCACUUAAAUGAGGAGGAUGAGAAUGGUCCUAGGGUAGUUUUUGAAGAUGACCUAAGUAAGGCUAGAGCGAAAAUUGAGGUGGACAGUUCCGUAAGAGAAAACAGUCUACAGAUAUUACCCAAAAAUGAGCAAACGGAAAAGCGAUCUUUUUCAAGAUCCCCAUCAAAUUCCAGUUCUCGAAGCCAGAACACAUUAAAAAGAAAAAAGGCAGCCACAAAAGACUACAAAAGCACACGAUCAAGAUCUAGAUCAAGAACGUGUUCAAGAGAUAGAAGCUCCAGAUCUACUUCUCGCUCCAUUGAAGAAAAAUACAGCAAAAGCCACAGGACUAAAUCAAAGACUCGGCAUUCCUCAAGUGACCGCUCCAGUAGUUAUGAGCGAUUGAAGAAAAAGAAAGCAAAGGAUAAGACGAAAGACAAAAGGGCAAAAAGCUCCUGGGCAAAAGAACACAAGAGAUCUAGAUCACGAUCUGGUAGUCCAGGCAACUCUUCUUUUGAGUUGUAUGAAAGUCGGAAAAAGAAAAAGCACUCUGCCACUAGAGGAAGGGGGAGGGAAUGUUCCCCAUCAAACAGUGCUGAGAGAAUGAAGAAAAAGAAGCACAGAAGAGAGCGAAGCCAUGACAGGUACAAGAAGGAGAGAACUUCAAGGUCCCGAGAGAGAAAGAGAUCUAGAUCUAGAUCCCGGGAGAAGCGAAAGAGGAGAUCAAGGUCAUCCUCGCCAUCAAGACCCCGGGAGUCCAAAGGGCCUAAGUCUAGGGAGAAACAACUGCUAUCUAGGUCACACUCCAAAGAAAGGAAACAUAAGCCGAAAGAAAUGCCACUGCUACCUCUUCAAGAGAAGGACCAGAAAGGCCAGAAAUCCUCAGAUGAUAACCUGGGCAGUUCUCUUGAUCAUGCUCCUCCUUGGACCCAAGACUUGGAAGAUUCAACACAAGAAUCACUGAAUGUUCAUCUAGACCUGAUGCCUGUACAGGAGAGCCCUCCAAAAGAGAUAGAAAUGAAAGUUGAUUUAGAAGAGGCCAUUGUAAAGGAGCAAAUCUGCAAGAAACUUGUAACUGUAAUAACUUCUCAGGCAGAGUGUGCAAGUUCUGGAGUGCUACCUGACAAUAUAGAUUCUUCCACUGGGAAGGAAUUGGCAGCAGGCUAUGAGUCACCAGGACUUGCUAGCCAAAGUAGUGAGCAACUGGAAGAAACUGAAGUUAGAAACGAAUAUAUUGAUGAUGUGUGCCCGUUUUUAUCAGACUGUCUUCCAGUGAAGGAGGAACUUGUACAGGAGCAUGAUGAGCCAAUGCCAAUUAAAGUUUUGCCUGAAAUCAAAACGCCAACAGAGACUAAAGGUGGGGGCCUUACAUUGGGUGAGAAUGCCACUGAUGUAAAUAAACAUGAACCGGAAGCAGUAGCUCAAGGUCCUGUGUUGAAAUCUAAAGCACCAGUGAAAAGAGUUACGUGGAAUCUUCAAGAGGAAGAAAGUGAUGCAGUGACUGCAGACAAAGCAGCAAGGGUGCCAUUCUGCAAACAGCAGAGAACGAAAGAAGGGGUCUGGAAAGCAGAGGAUUUGACCCAGACAUUAAAUCAGGUGCAGUUAACUGAGCCUCCUCCAACCAAUUAUAUGAUUCCUGAGCCUAUGUUUCCUGAUCUAGAUUCCUCCCAGGUUUACAACCAAAACCUGCCUCUGACAGCACCACUGCCCUCGAGUCUGCCCCCCUAUGCGCCUGUUAGUCAGCCCACCGUCCAGUUCAUCAUGCAGGGGAGUCUCCCUCUGCUUAGCUGUGUGGCGGGACAAGGAUUGACUCCGGAGCCUGGCAAUCUGGCAACAGCUUCAGAACCAGGAAUUCAGGCAGCUUCUACAGGAGAUACAGAGGAGAAAGUCAAAGCACCUAAGUCCCCUGUGGAUAAAUCAAAAAAUGAGGAGUACAUGAAAAAACUUCACAUGCAAGAGAGGGCUGUGGAAGAAGUGAAACUCGCAAUUAAGCCCUUUUACCAGAAGAGGGAAAUCACUAAGGAGGAAUACAAAGAUAUUCUUCGGAAGGCGGUGCAAAAGAUCUGCCACAGCAAAAGUGGUGAAAUUAACCCGGUGAAGGUGGCUAAUCUUGUGAAGGCUUAUGUUGAGAAGUACAAACAUAUAAGGAAACACAAGAAGGCUGACCCUGAAGAAGAGCCCCUUGAAACAGGGAACUGAAAAAGGCCAAGCCCCAAAGAUGAAACAAGUGGAGGCUUUUCUAGCCAAGGAUUUUCUUCUUCUGCAGAGGAAAGCAGGGAUAAUGCAAUUGCAUGUUGCAAGACACCCCACCCCACUCAGCAACUGAACGUGGUCGGGCCUUCCUGCAGGGUGACCCAUUCUCACACAGGGAUGGGCGUGGAUUGGACUGCAGUUCAAGAGCCAAAUGUCAGCAGAUCCCACUCAGCUUCUGGAGUAGCUGGACAAAGAAAAGUAUGUGUGUGUUGGGGAGAGGACACACUAUCAAUUUUCAUGGCUUUGAUCGCCCCCCACCCAUUUUUGGUCUCUGCACCUGUCUUUCCAGUUUAAAACAGACACUUUUAUAUGCAAUGUACAGCAAUGUAUACUUGCUCCCACUGUGUUCUUAUUUAUCAGAAAUGUGGAUUCUUUAGCGAUUUCUCAGAAAUUUGGUUUAAUACUUGAACCGCAGUAUUUCUAGCCUAUUCUGUGAUAAACUUUGACUCGCUCUGUCUUAUGGGAGUUGCAGGUGUUUGCAACCCUUUCUAAAUCCACUCCUGAAAACACUGCUCCAGAGACGGCAUUCAUUUCCCAUUUUGUUGAAAUAUCUCAAAUGAGGAACUUCAUUUUGAAAGGGCGGGGGUGGAAAUUGGUGGAAGGGGAUUUGAACUAUGUUGAAGCUCUUGUGAAUAAUGUGCUGAAGGCUGGUUUUGAGUAGUUUUGCAUUCAACGAGCUGCCUUUCACUGAACAGGGAGGGUGGGGGGAGUGGAGGCAGAGAAGCACCAUUUGCAGACUUUCAAUAACAAACCUGAGGUAUGCAGCAAAAAGGAUGUACAAAGGAGAAAUGUGACAGUUUAUAAAGUUAUUUUGAAUUGUU